AUGGUUGACGCAGCUACUCUUGAGAAACUUGAAGCUGGAUUCAAGAAACUUCAGGAUGCUAAGGAUUGUAAAUCCUCUGAAAAAUACCUUACUCAGGAAGUUUUCGAUACUCUAAAGACCAGGAAAACUGCCAUGGGUGCAACUUUACUCGAUAUCAUCCAAUCAGGGGUUGAGAACUUGGAUUCUGGAAUUGGUAUCUAUGCUCCUGAUGCUGAAUCUUAUACUCUUUUCAAGGAAUUAUUUGAUCCAAUCAUUGAGGAUUAUCAUGCAGGAUUCAAGCCAACUGAUCAACAUCCCAAAUCCGAUUGGGGUGAUAUCAACACUUUGGUUGAUUUAGAUCCCGCUGGUAAAUACGUUGUUUCCACCCGAGUCCGAUGUGGUCGAAGUCUCCAAGGUUAUCCCUUCAAUCCAUGUCUCACCGAAGCUCAAUACAAAGAGAUGGAGGACAAAGUUAGCGCAAUCUUUAAGGGAAUGGAAGGUGAUCUUAAGGGAACUUAUUUUCCAUUAACUGGAAUGAGCAAAGAGGUUCAACAACAAUUAAUCGAUGAUCAUUUCCUUUUCAAGGAAGGCGAUAGGUUCUUACAAGCAGCUAAUGCCUGCCGAUUUUGGCCUACAGGUCGAGGUAUUUACCACAAUGACGCUAAAUCGUUCUUGGUCUGGGUCAAUGAGGAAGAUCAUCUUCGAAUCAUUAGUAUGCAGAAAGGAGCUGAUCUUAAGAAUAUCUUUGAUAGACUCAUCAGGGCUGUUAGUACUAUUGAAUCUAAGAUGCCCUUCAGCAGAGACGAUCGAGUUGGAUAUUUGACCUUCUGUCCAACCAAUCUUGGUACCACAAUCAGAGCCAGUGUUCACAUCGCUUUACCCAAACUUGCCGCUGAUAAGAAAAAGCUUGACGAAGUCGCUGCUAAAUACAGUUUACAAGUUCGAGGUACUCGAGGUGAACACACCGAAUCUGAAGGUGGUGUUUACGAUAUCUCCAACAAGAGACGAUUAGGACUUACCGAGUACCAGGCCGUCAAGGAAAUGCAAGAUGGUAUUCUUGAGUUGAUCAAGAUUGAGGAAUCAAUGUAAUCCAGUUAUUAAUCAACAAUUAACACCACCGAAAACCACCACCACCACCACAACAACAACAACAACAAACACCAACAUCAUCCACUAGAUAAUUGUAAUUAAUUGUCUCAAUGGAUUGAUAUUAAUAUUAUAACAUCUACUUCCGCUUAUUUCGUUCAAGGCAAAUCUAAACCUGAAAAAAAAGUUAAUUAUGUGCAGUUAUGUUUAGAUGAUUACAAUUAACUAGUCAGUAUAUUUAUUGGAAAUUAAUAGCCAAUGAUACAAAGAUGAUCACAGCUCAUGACAUUUUCUCUCUCACUCUAAUUACUCUUCUCUCUCUCUAAUUGUAAUUACUCAAAUUAUAUAAUUAAGAGAAAAUGGGAGUUAUUAAUUGCCUUCUUAAUCAUCAAGCUAAUUAUUUUGCUUCUUAAAUCACUUUCUCAAUAACAAUACAUCAACCAUAAUAAUAAUCACACAGAAUCGUCUAAAUCACUACAACAACAACAACAACAAUCUAAUCAACUCAGUGGUUUCAACAAUUAAAAAGCUUCAAAAUGAUUUCACUCUUACCUUGAUUUCUGGUUAAAUUAUCAACUAAUUGUUUGUCAGCUCAUUUGUUAAUUGUCCACAAUCAAAGGGAUAAAAUCAAUCAUCAUGUAUACAUAAUUUACCAAAGAUUAUUGUUCCUUGUUAAUCACCAUAAUUGUUAGAAAACAAAAUUUUCGUUCUUAAUUGUUGAUGUUAUUUAAUUUGUUUGUUUUUCCUUCUUUACUUUUUCGUUGACUUUAAAUUAACAAUUAACUAUUAUUUUAAGACCACUUUGGAUGUUGCCUGUUGAUUAUGAGAAACAAAAUAAAUUCAAUUCAAUACAAUUAAAUUAAAUCAACCAAAUCAAAUAAAAUAAAAUCUUACCUUUAA